UCAAGAGGAAUCGAGGGGGGCACCCAUGCUCCUUUUCAGAAAGAUAGAGAGCUAGAGGUUGGGGGGGAAAAAGAGAAAUACUGUAUUUGCAUUGCAGAGGCUUAUUAAACUUGGGCUCCAAACUGAGAGGUUCAGGAGACAAGGAGAUACGCAAUGUUCCCGAAGCAGAGGGUGCAGCAGGAAAGACAUCAGUGAAAGAGGGAUGGUAAGGAGAUGAUGGAUCUUCAAUUAAACUUGGAUCCUCAGCUCUCCCCAAUGGCCAAGCGGACAUGAUUAUAUCCCCAAGACUGUUGACACCAUGUGGAAUAUGAUUUACCUGAAUGCUAUUAGGUUUUUGUAUUUCCUUAUUCUAGUGUAUGAUGCGUUCGUCUCCCCCAGUAACAUAUUUGAGAGGUCGGUGGUUUCUAAAGCUGCUGGGUCCCGCUCGGUGGCCAGAAUGGACGGGGACAUUAUAAUCGGUGCACUGUUCUCGGUCCACCACCAACCAUCAACAGAGCAGGUAGCGGAGAGGAAAUGCGGGGAGGUUCGGGAACAGUACGGAAUCCAACGAGUAGAAGCGAUGUUCCACACCUUGGACAGAAUCAACUCAGACCCGAACCUUCUACCCAACAUCACUCUGGGGUGCGAGAUCAGGGACUCCUGCUGGCACUCCUCGGUGGCUCUGGAGCAGAGUAUUGAGUUCAUUAGAGACUCUCUCAUCUCGAUCCGGGAUGACGACAACAAAGAUGGUACAUCCAGACAGUGGUGCAUUGAUGGGACGCCUGCAAGCCAACCGCCCACUACCAAGAAACCCAUAGCAGGUGUCAUUGGACCUGGAUCCAGCUCAGUGGCUAUCCAGGUCCAAAACCUCCUGCAGCUGUUUAACAUCCCUCAGAUAGCGUAUUCUGCGACCAGCAUAGAUCUGAGUGACAAAACGCUCUUCAAGUAUUUCCUUAGGGUUGUGCCCUCUGACACUCUCCAAGCCAGAGCCAUCUUGGACAUUGUCAAACGCUAUAACUGGACCUAUGUGUCAGCAGUCCAUACAGAGGGUAACUACGGAGAGAGUGGUAUGGAAGCCUUUAAGGAUCUGGCCUCUCAGGAGGGGCUGUGUAUCGCCCAUUCAGACAAGAUCUACAGCAAUGCAGGGGAGAAGCAUUUUGACAGGCUGCUGAGGAAGCUGAGAGAACGUCUGCCCAAGGCCCGGGUGGUCGUCUGCUUCUGUGAGGGCAUGACGGUCCGUGGGCUCCUCAUGGCUAUGAGACGACUUGGAGUGGCAGGGGAGUUCCUUCUCAUCGGCAGUGAUGGCUGGGCAGACAGAGAUGAGGUGGUUGAGGGCUAUGAACAGGAGGCUGUGGGCGGGAUCACUGUGAAGCUGCAGUCGGAGGAGGUGACGUCUUUUGAUGAUUACUUCCUGAAGCUCCGCCUCCACACCAACACCAGGAACCCGUGGUUCCCUGAGUUUUGGCAGUACAGGUUCCAGUGCCGCAUCCCAGGGCACCCGCUGGAGAACAUGAACUACAUGAAAAACUGCUCAGAUGAUCUAGAGCUCCAAGAUGGUUACGAAAGUCUGGAGGACAACUAUGUCCAGGACAGUAAGAUGGGGUUCGUCAUCAACGCUAUCUACGCCAUGGCUCAGGGUCUGCAUGACAUGCACAGCCACCUCUGUCCCGGCCAUGUGGGACUGUGUGAGGCCAUGGACCCCAUCGAUGGAAGCCAGCUGUUGGAGUUCCUCCUGAGGACCUCCUUCACUGGGGUGUCUGGAGAAGACGUGUGGUUUGAUGAGAAUGGGGACACGCCUGGCAGGUAUGAAAUAAUGAACCUCCAGUAUGUGGAGCCUGGUGCAUUCGACUACAUCAACGUGGGUUCGUGGCACGAGGGUCAGCUCAGCAUCGAUGACUACAUGAUGCAGAUAAACCGCAGUGACAUGGUCCGCUCCGUCUGCAGUGUGCCCUGCUCCAAGGGAGAGAUCAAGGUGAUCAGGAAGGGAGAGGUGAGCUGUUGCUGGAUCUGUACGCCCUGUAAAGACAACGAGAUCGUCCAGGAUGAGUUCACCUGCAGGACCUGCGAGCUGGGCUGGUGGCCGGACCCCGAACUGGAAGGUUGUGAGCCCAUCACCUUGCGGUACCUGGAGUGGGGGAACCCGGAGUCCAUCGUCCAGGUGGUGUUUGCCUGCCUGGGCAUCCUAGUCACCUCCUUCGUCACUUUCAUCUUCGUCCUGUUCCGAGACACGCCCGUGGUCAAGUCCUCCAGCCGUGAGCUCUGCUACAUCAUCCUGGCCGGCAUCUUCCUGGGCUACAUCUGCCCCUUUACCCUGAUCGCCCGGCCCACCGUGGUCUCCUGCUAUCUGCAGCGCCUCCUAGUGGGCCUCUCGGCCGCCAUGUGCUACUCAGCGUUAGUCACCAAGACCAACCGCAUCGCACGUAUCCUGGCAGGCAGCAAGAAGAAGAUCUGUACCAGGAAGCCGCGUUUUAUGAGCGCCUGGGCCCAGCUGGUGAUCGCUGGCCUCCUAGUCAGUGUCCAGCUUACCCUGGAGGUUACUCUGAUCAUCCUGGAGCCGCCCAUGCCCGUCAAGUCCUACCCCAGCAUCAGGGAGGUGUACCUCAUCUGCAACACCAGUACACUGGGCAUGGUGGCGCCCCUGGGCUACAACGGCCUGCUCAUCCUGAGCUGCACCUACUACGCCUUCAAGACGCGCAACGUCCCGGCCAACUUCAACGAGGCCAAGUACAUCGCCUUCACCAUGUACACCACCUGUAUCAUCUGGCUGGCGUUUGUCCCCAUCUACUUCGGCUCCAACUAUAAGAUCAUCACCACGUCGUUCUCCGUGAGCCUGAGCGUCACCGUGGCGUUGGGCUGUAUGUUCUCGCCCAAGAUGUACAUCAUCCUCGCCAAGCCGGAGCGUAACGUGCGCAGCGCUUUCACCACCUCGGAUGCCGUGCGCAUGCACGUGGGCGACGGCACUUGCCGGAGCAACAGCCUGCUCAACAUGUUCAAACGGAAGAAGAACUCUGAGAAUUCUAAUGGAAAGUCUGUGUCAUGGUCUGAACCAGGUGCAAGACAUCAUCCUCCAAAAGGGGAGCACAAUUGGCACAGACUGUCUGUGCACGUGAAGAGACAGGAAGCAGGAUGCUCCAAUCAGAUGGCUGUCAUCAGACCCUUAACUAACACCUACCAUAACACAGGCAGCAGCAUGGCCAUGGAGUUCUCUGACCUCAGCACCAAAACUCUAUACAACGUAGCCGAGGAGGACGAGUGCGACCUAGUCAGAUACAACCCUCCCCUUAGUCCCCACAUGAUGGCCCACGGGCAGAUAAUGCCCUCCAUCGGUGGGCCGAUGAAAGAGGUGGAUGAGGUGGUUGAAUAUUAUCCCCCUGUUGAGCACAUUCCCCUGCCACAGAGCAGAGUGAUCCCCCAACAGAGGGUCAUCACGGACCACCUACUGUUACAGUACAACAGUGAUUUCAUCAUCCCUGAGCUCAAUGAUAUGGACAUGAUCAGUCUGCCCGGCCCUGGCCCUAUGGCUGGUGGGGGCGGUGGUGGUUUUGGGGGCCGGUCUGGGAGCAGUCAUGGCAGGCCUGUGUACCACCAGGCUCAUCUCAUCCAGCAGCAUGCAAUCCUGCCCCUGCAACUAGAACUUGGCCCCUUUGAUGACGAGGAACCCACCUCCACCCUAGAGAUAGAAGAGGAGGAGAUUGAGGAGGAGGAGGAGAUUGAGGAGGAGGAGGUAGAGGUGGAGGAGGAACAGUUUGGCCUCCUCCAUGGAUACAUGUACGACAACGGCCUGAUUCACGAAGAAGAAGAGGACGACAUUGUUCAGAUCAAAUCAGCCAUGGAGGAUUCUAUGGCCCUGAUGCCUCCCUCCCCGUUCCGUGAUACAGCGAGCAUGGGGAGCCCUUUCCACAACACCUCACCCGUGUCCGAGUCCAUAUUGUGCACCCCUCCGAACUACGCCUCUGUCAUUUUGAAGGACUAUAAAGAAAGCUCCUCAACUCUGUAAACGAGUACUGUAGAUAUAGUAGAAUAAUAUAAAGCCAUUUUGUAGCUGUUGACUUGUAGCAUAUUGUUUGUGUUCCAUUUAAUGACCAGUAAGAAAUGGCAACAAUGUCUUGAAUAAGUUAUUGAGUGGCUGACUGGACAAUAUUGGUUGACUCAUGAAAUCUAUGAGUGAAAGUGUUUGUGUUUACAUGGACAAAAGUGAGCAAAAACACUGAAGGCACACUUUUAAAAAGGUAUUUUUGUUGUAUAUUAAAUAUCAUGGAGAAAAGACUGAAAGAUUUAAUCAUCGCAAAAUGCAUUUCCAUGUUUAUGCAAGAGAUGAAAAGCAUCGAACUUGCUCUCGGCUUUGUGCUUAUUAGGAAAACAAAAAGAUAAGAUAGUCCUACCUAUUGAAGUCAUUUAAGUAGAAGUUAUUCAGGGUACAAUACAGUGUACAUUUCAGCAUCAUCAGGUAUUACAAUAAUGAUUGUGUUUGUUGCUUGUUUUCAUAAAGGCAAACUUCCACCGCUUGAAAUUAGAUGGUUUAUCAAUUAUAAUGCUACCAGACUAUCCCACCUGUAGUUCACACAAAUAUGUGUAUAAAUGAUAUAUGCGCUGUGUAGGCCUGUGUUUACCAAUAGAACAAUAACCUGUAAAUGGCAAAUAUUCUAGAUGAAUGUGUUUUGUUGUUUUGCUCAUAUCAAGUGUGUAUUUAUUUUGAAAAAAGAACAAAAAUUAUUACCGCCUCUGUUCUCAUCAGAUAACGUCAGAAUGAACUGAUGAUACUGAUUCAAUAACUACUGUAAGAAUGUAGCAAACAAAACCAGAAUGAUUUUCAAGUGCCAUGUAUCCUGUAUGCUUCCAUUUACACAAGAUAUAUAUAUUUUUUAUGUCGCUCAUUUCAAUUGCAAGUUUGUAUAUUUUAUAAACAGCCCUCUAAACCCAUACUUGCAACAGUUUCUAUUUAAGCAAUAAGGCCCGAGGGGGUGUGGUAUAUGGCCAAUAUACCACGGCUAAGGGCUGUUCUUACACACAACGCAACAGCCCUUAGCUGUGGUAUAUUGGCCAUAUACCACAACCCCCUGAGGAGCCUUAUUGCUAUUAUCAACUGGUUACCAACCUAAAGAGUAAAAAUAAAUGUUUUGUCAUACCUGUGGUAUACGGUCUGAUAUAUCACAGCUUUCAGCCAAUCAGCAUUCAGGGCUCAAACCAUCCAGUUUAGAAUAUAAUAUGAUUGCCAAAAAUGUAAUAUAAUGUCAAUUGAAUGUCAUUUGAUCGUCAUUGGUUUUGUGAAUGAACUGUAUGUAGUAUCCAUCCUAUUUUGGUAACGAUUCAGAUUAGUUUACUAAAGGCAUUACGAUGUAAAGUUUAUUUAACCAUUUGUAAAUGUGUUGUUUAUUGUGACUGUUGGGUUUGUACAACAUUAUUCUUAUUUUUCACAAUUGUUAAGAUCUCACUAUAUAUAUACAAUGUAAUAAACAAUGGGUAUUAUCAUCAGUAAUAUGAAUAGGCUGUUUGAUAGAAAUGGCUUCAUAGAGUUGAAUAGGUUUUCUGUUUAAAACAUGUAAUUAAUAUAGCAGUGCAGAACAAAGUCAUUGUCCUUUAGAUUCUGAAAGAUAUAUGUUUUGUUAGAAUAAAUAAAAUUGAAAUAAAAA